AUGGGUUCGGGCCCAGUCCCCGCUCCGCGGCCUGCGCCGGGCCCGCGCCUGAGCCUGUCUUAUCUUUCCCCCCGCAGCAGCAAAGUGUCCCGCGACACGCUGUACGAGGCGGUGAAGGAGGUGCUGCAGGGCAGCAAGACCAAGAAGCGCAAGUUUGUGGAGACGGUGGAGCUGCAGAUCAGCCUGAAGAAUUACGACCCGCAGAAAGACAAGCGAUUCUCCGGCACCGUCAGGCUGAAGUCGACCCCACGGCCCAAAUUCUCUGUCUGCUUGCUGGGAGACCAGCAGCACUGCGAUGAGGCCAAAGCAGUGGAAAUCCCUCACAUGGACAUAGAGGCUCUGAAGAAGCUCAACAAAAAUAAGAAGCUGGUGAAGAAGCUGGCUAAGAAGUACGAUGCCUUCCUGGCUUCAGAGUCCUUGAUCAAGCAGAUCCCUCGAAUCCUGGGACCAGGUCUGAACAAAGCUGGCAAAUUCCCUUCUCUCCUCACUCACAAUGAGAACCUGGUGGCCAAGGUUGAUGAGGUCAAAUCUACCAUCAAGUUUCAGAUGAAGAAGGUGCUCUGUCUGGCUGUGGCUGUUGGUCACGUGAAGAUGACAGAGGAUGAACUUGUCUACAACAUCCACCUGGCCAUCAACUUCCUGGUGUCCUUGCUGAAGAAGAACUGGCAGAACGUGCGUGCUUUGUAUAUCAAGAGCACCAUGGGGAAGCCCCAGCGUCUGUACUAGCUGGGUGGCAAUAAACUUUUAGGACAUCUUA